AUGAAAGGGAAUAGCGUGGCAGUCUACCUCAUCAGCCUUUCAAUUUCUGAUCUACUCUACACAAUUUCUCUGCCUGUUUGGAUUGAACUUGCACUGCAGAGGGACGUAAGUGAAGGUCUCUGUGUUGCAGUGAAUUUGAUCAUGUACAACAGCUUUUACGCUGGCUCUGGUCUCCUUUGCUGCAUCACCGUAGAUCGCUAUCUAGCAGUGGUCUAUCCUCUCUACUUCCACCAGGUCAGAGAGGUGAGCACUGCAGUAAUUGUGAGCAUUGCUGUUUGGAUUCUAGAGAUUAUCAUCCACAUUCUCUUACUUCACCACAUGGGGGCACUGCAAGCUUCAGGACACUUGUGUAAGCAGCAAACACCCAUGGCACAAGUUGAUGCCAACGUCGCCCUGACUCGGAUCAUCCUGGGUUUCCUGGUGCCCGUCAUCAUCAUGACUUUUUGCUUUCAGCAGAUCAUGCAAUCACUCAAAGAGAGCACCUCCAUCGACAAUGAAGAGCGCAGGAAAGUGGGACGGCUGCUGUUCCUCCUUUCUCUAACCUACCUAGUGUCCUUUGUGCCCUACCAGACUGUCAUGCUGCUCAGAGUCAUACUGGAGCUAGGAAACUGCAAUUGGGCCAAUAUGCUAAAAGAUCCGUACCUGGUCACAGUAGCCACCACAACUCUGAACAGUACACUGGAUCCUAUAAUAUACUGUUUAAUUAGUGACAGUGCCAAGAAAGAGAUUAGGAAAGCUGUGGAGAGAGGGAGUAAAAUUUUUACAAGGAGGGAGUGCUCAGAAAUUUCUACGAGAAUUCAGAUAGUUCCUUAG